CCCGCCCCCGUCCUUUCCCUUACGCGUGGUAUCUGUUUUGGCAGCAUGGCUUCUUCAGCGAAAAGACGAGCAGUUGGAAUGGGAGAAAAUCCCGCUGAUAGUGAGGAUAACAGCUCUGAUGAAGGAUUGGAAGACGACGUUGAUUCAGCAGAGAAUAACAGCGGAUCAGAAGAGGAGAUCAAUGAAGAGGUCAUUGUAGACUUUGAGGCCCAUACCAUUACUCACAAUGACUACAAUGGGGUCAAGAAACUCCUGCAACAGCUGUUUCUGAAGGCUCGUGUCAAUACAUCCGAGUUGACCGAUCUCCUCAUCCAGCAGAAUCAUAUUGGAAGCGUCAUCAGGCAAGCAGAAGUGCCAGAGGACAGUGAUGAUGACGAGGAUCCAGCUGAUGAGGUGUUUGGUUUCAUCAGCAUGCUCAACCUCACUGAGAGAAAGGGUGUCCAGUGUGUGGAGGAGGUAAAGGAUCUGAUCCUGGGUCAGUGUGAGAAGAGUUGUCCCCAUAGUGUGACAGACGAUCUGGAGAAGGUCCUCAACGACACCAGUAAGCCUGUAGGACUGCUGCUCAGCGAGAGGUUCAUCAACGUGCCCCCACAGAUCGCCCUGCCCCUCCACAAACAGCUACAGGAGGAGAUGGCAGAAGCCCAGAGCAGCAACAAGCCCAGUGGGAAGUGUCAUUACUGCCUGAUGAUCAGUAAGACCUACAAGGAUCCCUCCAAGACCAGAGGAGCACCGCCUAAAGACCAGCUCACGUUCGUCAACGCAGAGGAAGAGUUCUUCUAUGAGCAAGCCACCAUGAAGUUCCACUACUCGGUGCAGGAGGAGACGGACAGUGUUCUGAGUGGGCGGUGGUCCUUCGACGACGUCCCCAUGAAGCCGCAGCGUACCGUGAUGCUCAUCCCGGCAGACAGGAUGUCAGCCAUCAUGGACAAGCUCAAAGAAUACCUGACCGUGUGACCAACCGUACGACUAAACAUACAGAAUAAACUCUGGUAAACAACAGGACUGAUUUUUUUUGUAAUGUAAAAUUCAAUACGAAACAUCGAAAGGAAGGGACCACUGGAAUCAUUUUCGUUAAGCUGAGAAUAAUGUCAAGUCAAUGUCAUUAUGUAACGGUUUCCUUCAGCCCAGCGGUUUUAUCUCGACGUUUUUAGGUAAAAAUGUAUCUUUUGACAAAAUAAAUCAUUUUAGACCUUG